UUCUCCUCUUCCUCUUUCCCUCCUCCUCCUCUUCCUCGCCUUCUCCACUUCCUCCUCGCUCUCCUCAUCCUCUCUUCCUCCUCCUCCUCCUCCUGCCGUGCCCGCGGUGUGAGCGGGGCCCCGGUGCCCCUCGGUGUCCCGAGGCUCCGAUGCCGGCUGCGAUCCGUGCACAGGGACAAACACUUCAUGACUGUGAGCAACCCUGUGGAGAAAGUGGCCUAUCUUGUAGUAUUCCAUAUUCUCUUUGUGCUCUUUGUGUGGACAUAUUGGAAGUCUGUUUUCACUCUCCCAAUACAGCCAGGCAAAAAGUUCCACAUGUCCUACGCUGACCAGGAGCGCUACGAGAGCGAGGAGCGGCCCGAGGUGCAGCGGCAGAUCCUCGCCGAGAUCGCCAGGAAGCUGCCGGUGUACACGAGGACCGGCAAUGGAGGGAUUCGGUUCUGUGACAGAUGCCAGCUGAUCAAACCUGACCGUUGUCACCACUGCUCUGUUUGUGCCAUGUGUGUGCUAAAAAUGGAUCAUCACUGUCCAUGGGUGAAUAACUGCAUUGGAUUUUCUAACUACAAAUUCUUUCUACUGUUCUUAGCCUAUUCUUUGUUGUAUUGCUUGUAUAUUGCUGCAACAGUCUUCAAGUAUUUCAUUAAGUAUUGGACAGGUGAGCUGACCAAUGCACGCUCCAAAUUCCACAUCCUUUUCCUUCUCUUUGUGGCAAUCAUGUUCUUUGUGAGCCUCAUGUUUCUGUUUGGCUACCACUGCUGGCUGGUCAGCAGGAACAGAUCCACUCUGGAGGCUUUCUCAGCUCCAGUGUUUCAAAAUGGCCCAGAUAAAAAUGGAUUCAAUCUUGGCUUUGUGAAGAAUCUCCAGCAAGUGUUUGGGGAAGAAAAAAAGCUCUGGUUGCUGCCUAUUGCCUCUAGCCAGGGGGAUGGACAUUUUUUCCCCAUGAGAACCUUGAGUGAAGCUCGGAACCCUCUCCUGGCAAAUGAGGAGCAGUGGGAAGAGGAUGGGAUAGAUGAAGAGCCUCAGGGUUCUGGUGAGGCCCCAUCCCUUGCCAUAGAAAGGGAGACAUAGCAGUGUGAGCACACAGUGGUGGAAAGCUGCAUCAGAAAGCUUCUCUCUCAGGAGCCAACACCCCUUCUCUUGGCAAGGACUUCAGUUUUGAGGGGCAGAAAACAGGUGGAUCUUCAAGAUGAGAAAACAUCCUGAAGUAUUGUCUGAUGGGAAUCUGCAUUCCAGAGUGCUUCUCCAGGAAUCCUGCUGUCCAGAUGUCCCAAGGCUUUAUAAAUUUAAGUUACAGAGUUAACAGAACAAUUUUACAGAGUGAUUGUGGCCAAUCUUUGGCCUGCUCUCUUUAUUUUAUAAAUACUAUCUAUUUUUUAUUCAGAACAGGUACAGAUGUUGAUGCGAGUGCGUUCCGAAGGCCUUUUCAUUUUGCAAACAUCAGGGACUCGAGCUCUUGAAAUUCUUCCAAGCCAUAAUAUUCUUGGGGAUGGUUAUUUAUUUUGAGGCUGAUUCUCCAACCUUCUCUGACAAGUGGCAUUUUCUCAUGUAUUUAAAUUCUGAGUGAGUUCAGCUCAAUGCAAGACAGACCCAGUUAAAUCUGGCACUAAAUUGGGAGCUGAAUGUAAAAGUGUUGAAAGCAAAAGUGCUGAACAUGCACAUAUACAUGUGCAGCUGUGAGUGAAAAUAAAAUAUUCACAUUGCCAAUAUCAAGAUUCAAGAAUAUUGUGGCCAUAGAUUUUUUUAAUGUUUUUAGGGAGGGUGUUAUUUUCUUUGAGUUUGGGUUAUAGUGCUCUUGCAUCCUACUUGCAGGCUUCUAAAAUGCAAAAGGGAACUUCAGACAGUCCAGUUUGCAUUAAUUCCUAGGGUUUAAAUAUCAUCUCAUUCCUGGAUCAGUGUUUGGAGAUUUGUGUGUUCAUGGAGUCAGAAAGGAAGAUGUGAAUUUGAAAUAUGCACUGAAAGUUUGGCUCCAAGAGUCAUGUUUGGACUCCACAGGGGUGGCUUUAGCCCCAAAAUGCUGAAGACACAACUGAUGUAUUGAAUUUUUUCAGACUUCUUCCCAGCUCAGUGCACUGACUGGCUUCAGGGGUUUCUGCACUAAGAGGUGAUCAGAUUUGUUUCUGCAUUUUGCUGCAUUUACAGUCAAAGAGAUGAAUCCCUGUUUCUGUUUUGGGGAGUGGAACUGAGACUUGGCUGGCUGGAUUAUGGAUAUUUUUCUAGACCUGAGUCCUUUUUUUUUAAUCUGCAUGAUUCAGCCCAGUCCAUCAUUCUUGUUUGAAUUAGGUGCAUGCUAAAAGUAUUGGUGUACAGCCUCUAAGAUCAUUUAGUACCAUUUUCUAUCCCAUUUUUGUGUUUAUCAGCCCACUGGUGUUGGCAGUGACUGCAGGAGCAGCUGUGCAUGACAGGAGAAAGGAGCUGAUGAGUGAGGUUGGUGGUGGAGGCUUUGCCUACAGAAUAAACCCCAUUUUCCUCUGUUCCUCUGCUGCAGGGAUGUGUUUGUGAGCCAGGAGAGCCUUGCAGGGGUUCCUUCCCUAAGAGAAGGUGUUUCACUCCUGGCUGAUCCGUGCCCUGGGAUGGAAUUUUGUCCCUCAGCCUCUGCAGUGUGUGUGCAGCAGUGCUGACCUCCCUGGGAUGUCUCACUGCUGAAUUUGGUUGUGAGGGGCCCAGGUGGGCUGGCCCAGGCUCCUGUGGGUUUGUUUCUCCUCAGGGGGGCCCUGAACACUGAAAAUGUUCCUGUUCAGCCACCUGAGCCCCAUCUGUUGAGUGGCUCUGUCACCAAACGGCUGCUGAGUGCUGGAAGGGUUCUUCCUGUCAAUCUAAAGCUGCAUUUCUGAUGUAAAUCUGGUGUUGGACCUUGUGCUGUGUGUGAUGCAAGGUGGCAGCUGAAUUAAUCCCCUCAUUCCUGGCAAAAUGUGCUCUGGAGGGGGAGCUUGAGAGGAUGAUGGCAGCUAAACACAGCCAGAAUGUAGCACCUACAGAGGUGCUAUUUGUGCCUUUUAAAACUUUAAAUUCCUUGUAUAUAAAACCAGGAAGGUGAUUUGGUGACUUUCUGUUUCAUCCUGCCAGCUGAAGUGUAUUUUCCCAGAGCUUGUGUGGAUUUACAGGAGUUUUCUGAGCAGGUUCUUGUGCCCUUCCUGGCCUUGGCUCUGGUUCCAGCCCUGCCAUUAUUUGAGUUGUUUCUGUGCCAGGCAGGAACAGGGAGCUGUGCAGGAGCUCCCCUGCCUGCUCCUGCUGCUGCUCUGAAAAUCAGGGUUUGUCUUCUCAUACUAAGGCAGAUAUCUUUGUGAUGGCACAGGUACCAAGCUCAGAUUGAGAAAGGGUUUAAAUGUUUCCAAGGAACUUUUAUUCAUUUUUCUUGUAAUUAAUUAUGGUCAUCUCUUCCCUUUCCUUCAAAGCAGCUCAGCCUCCCAUGGUUGGAACAAACUCCUGUUAGAACAACACAAAGUUUAUCACUUCAGAGCCACUUCUCAAUAUCCACACAUCAGGUGCUGGAAAGUUUAAUGAAAUGUGAGACAAACCCAAAAGUUGUGUAAAAUGAGGCAGAACAAAAUGGGGAAAACCCACAUGUCUGAGUGAGCAGCUCCAUUUUAUUCCCUUCUGCUCACUUAAGGUGAUAUCCUUAUUUUACCCUAGCCUUUGUCCUUUUAAUGCUGAGUAAAUGCACUGGAAAACAGAAAUUCCUCAGGCUGCUGUGGUCACUCUGCAGGUGACAAAAUAGAGAAUAUUCACCCAGUGUGUGAUAGGCUUUUUUAACUGCAAAUGGCUCUUAGGGGUAACUCACUGCAGCACCUCCUUUGUUUUCCAUGCCCUGAUCCUCAUCCAGAGGCUCUCCCCCACCAGCACUGCCUGUAAGGGCUGUGUCACCAAAGCUCUGCCCUGCCUGCACCCUCCAGCCCAGCAUUCCAGGGCUGGGAUUCAUCCCCCAGUCCCAUCAACACCAAGGACACUGCAGCUCUGGGAGCUGGCCAUGAUUCCAUGUCAAUGUUGGGCCAUCUCACACUGCCUGUGCUGCUGGCCCAGCAUUCCAGCUACUCCCUGAGCCCUCUGUGUGCCAGCAGCAGCCCAAGUGUCCCCACUGGGAUUGUCACCAGUGUCACUGUCACCCUCUGGGUGUGUGCUGUAGGUGCAGCUCCAUCCAGGGAACCUGGAGAGUGAAGGUUUGAGCCUCAGUUGUGGUGCUGCUGUCAGUGUGGCUGCAGGGGCUGCAGGUGUUCUCUCCAGCCUGGAGCAGUGUGCAGGCAGCAGGGGAACUGUCCCACCCCUCCAGGAGCUGCUUCCUCUGCUUAGCACUGCAUCUGCACUGCAGCUUUCUCAGCCUGGAGCAGCUUUUCCAAGUGAUCUCACCAUGGGAAAGGAGGGAACUCUUUGGUUGGACUGUGAUGCCUCCAUCUUUACCCCUCUGCUCCUGGACUCACCCUCUAAAAUAACUGACCACUAACAGCCACUCCUCACCUCCCCCCUGCUCUCCAUUUCCAUUCAGGUACAAACCCCAGACAGAGCAGCACAUUGAUGCUUCUCUGUGUGCAAUUGUCCUAAAUCCAGCCCUGGGCCAGCAAGUCCUGCCCAAGGAACCUGGACUUGGUUUCUCUUGCUGAUUGGAAGUUUUUGGAGCAGGAUAAUCUUGUUUUCCUUCAAGCAGGGAGCAGUCUGUAUGUUUGAGGCUGUACCCAUUGUGUGGGGUGCAGCCACUGGUGAGAGUCAGGAAGCUUCCAAAUCCCACUAUGCAAUGAAUGUUUGCUUCCUGGGCCAAACAGGAAUGGAUUCAGCAAAAUCCACACCAGCUGCAGCUCUGUAGUUCUGGAUGCUGGUCUGGACUGAAAGCACAACUUGAUGCAUAAAGUCUGUCAUGUGACAUGAAUGUAAAAUGUAAAAGGGGAAAAAAAUACUAUUUUUUCCCUGAAUUUAGCUAUGAAGAAUGAUGUACUGAGCAGUUACUCUGUGCAGAGCUGAGGCACUUGUUUAAUUAGCAGGGGAAGGAGCCACUGCUGACCUUGUUUAUUAAGGAAGAACUAAUUAACUCAAAAGGGUCAUGUUUUCAUUUCAGUGACUCCUGUGGUACAGAUUUCUGAAACAGAUCCAUAGUACUUGAAAAUACCUCAAUUUUAUUGAUAUUUUUCCAAUUCUAUCAGCUUCUGCUUUAUUACAGAACACUUGCAAAGCUAAACUCACCUGAACUGAUCAGAUGACUCAGGUCACUGAAGGUGUUUGCAUGGCAGAGGGGCUCUGCCAUGGGCUGCAUUCCCUGCCCUGCUCACACCCACUGCUGCAGGGUUUUGGUCUCUUGUGCUUUUUCCAUCCCACUUGGAGUAUUCCCUCUUCCUCCUGAACAUGCAGAUAAAUAUUUUCAGCUUUGAGCUGCUUUGUGCUGGUUUUUUGGACACUGUGAAGGUGAGUAGGUGUCAUUUUAUGCAGUUGUGCCAUGUAUUUUAUUUGUAAUUAUUCUCUGUUUGUCAGGUAUUGGUUUGUGGUUCCCCUCAUCAGGCUUUGCUUAGAGCAGGAUCCCACUUUCCUGCAUUUUCUCUUUCCUAAAGCCUCAUUUCUUCAUUCUCCAGCUUCCAUUUGGGAUGUAAACCUUGUGAAAUAAAAUGUAAGUUUACAUUUCAAAUACAAGCCUGUAAGUUGCUCAUGCCUGCAUGCUCCUUAAAAUACUAUUUUUUUCUGUAUGAGGUUUUAAGAUUUACAGCAGCAUUUGUAAAACUUUAGUGGGUGACAGCCAUUGUUAAAAAAAAAUAAGAAAUUAUGCUAAGGAGGGGGGGAAAAAACACAACCCUCAAAAAAUCCAACAAAAAGGACAAAGGGAUCAUCUCUGCCUCUUAUUCCAGCUGUGCUUGAAAAGAAAUGCUGCUUGCAUGCAGUGCUGUCAGACAGCCCUGGGACAGGCAGAUACCUCACCUGAGGGCUUCCCUGCUGUUUCAGUACUUCCUGAAGCACUGCCUUGGGUUAAACCUUGCACUAAAUCCCAUGGAAACCCAACAAAAUCAGCCUCCCCUCUCCCUUUAACCUGGGGAAGGUGUGUGCAGCCCUUCUCAGCACUUCCCUCUGUAAGAGAAGCAGAAGCCCAAAGUGCAAGUGUUGGUUUGUUAUUCCCCCAGCUUUUUCUGGAGGAUCUGGGAGCCUGCAGGAUGUGUCCCAGAACUCCCUCAGCACCUGGAACUGCUGGGCUGGUGCAGGUGCCCCUCCUGGGAGGGCCCAGGCUGUGCCUGAGAGCUGGGGGGAGGAGGUGGAGCUGUGGUUCCUCUGCUCUGCUGGAGCUCCAUCCUUCUUUGGAGUUACCUUCACUAUGGAAUGGCUUCCUGCUCUACUCAUGGAGCUACUCCAGAGUGACUCCAGAUCCACUGCUGGAGCAGGGAGCUCUGGGUUAGGAACACAGCAAGUAGGAAAGGUCUUGUUAUUUGAUAAUGUAUAAUCUGCCUGCUCAGAUGGCUGCUCCUCAGCUGAAAAUGCUCUUUGUGGUGCAAAGGGGCCCCUCAAAGAUAGAACUGAGCUGGAUCUCAGGAUCAGAGAAUGACACUGCCAUGGUGCUGUCACUGUAUCAGGAGGGUUUAAUGUCAUCCAGAAAAGCCAGGGGGUUUCACACACUGGAAAAGGGGGCUGGAGCAGAACCCCACUGCAGGGGGAGCCCUCUGGGGGCUCCCUUUGGGGCAGGAUCAGCUCUGCCAUCCCCAUGGAGCUGCCAGAACUGGGACACAGCAGCACCCCCUGAGUGGGAGCUGCACCCAGCUGCUCUUAGGGCCCAGCAUGGCCUGGGGCUGGCAGGUGUUCCAGCCAGAACUGCUGCUUUAAUACACAUCCCUCCCCCCAGUUCAAUGGGAAGGAAUUAUUUUGCAAGGAAUGUCACAGCAGGAUUGCUGCCCACCUUUGGGGUGUUGUGUUCAGGAGUUUAAUGCUGCUGCUGCUGGCAUUGAGACUUUUGAUAUCAAAUGGGUUUUUACAAAAGCCUUGGAUACUCGUUUUUACUGUCAGACCAAUGCUCUGACUAUGCUGAUGCUCUGUGGAGUUUCACUGGCAUUUUCCAAGUGUUUGUACAGUUUCUACAGCUGAAUAUCCUGUAUGUUCUGCUUUGUUGUUUUUUAUUAUGGUUUAUACUGCACUGCAGGCAAGGACUGCAUUAAAACCAUUUUUGGCUA